CCAUAGAGACGGGCGGAAGUCCGGGGUGUAGUAAGAUGGCGGAUAGCGAUUACGAGUCGGUGUUGUGUGUUAAGCCCGAAGUUCACGUUUACCGGAUCCCACCCCGAGCGUCUAACCGAGGUUACCGAGCGGCGGAAUGGCAGCUCGACCAGCCGUCCUGGAGCGGCCGCCUCCGCGUCACCGCCCUGGGGAACAAGGCGUUCAUCAAGCUGGAGGAUAAGAACUCAGGGGAGCUCUUUGCUCAGGCCCCAGUGGAGCAGUUUCCUGGAAUCGCUGUGGAAAGCGUCACUGAUUCCAGUCGUUACUUUGUGAUUUGCGUUGAGGAUGGGAAUGGACGGCGGGCAUUCAUCGGUGUGGGAUUUGCUGACCGCGGGGAUGCGUUUGACUUCAAUGUGGCUCUACAGGAUCACUUCAAGUGGGUGAAGCAGCAGUCGGAAUUUGCGAAACAAGCUCAGAAUCCGGAUACAGGGCCAAAGCUUGAUCUCGGCUUUAAGGAGGGACAGACCAUCAAGAUCAACAUAGCUAACAUGAAGAAAAGAGAUGGCGCUCCUGCAGCUGGUAAACCGCGUCCUCUGAGCACUGGAGCCAACCUGCUGCCCCCACCACCUGGCACCAAGACAACCUCUCACCAGAGCACCCCGCAGCCGGCCUCAGCCUCAGGGCUGCUCUUUGAUAUUGGGAGUUUCUCCUCCAGUGCAGAACCAGCAGCUUCUACAGACGCUUGGGGAGAUUUCACGAAGGCUUCUGGUUCAGCAGCCAGCCAGCCAAGCUCCGAGUGGGUUCAGUUCUGAUGGUUGAUUCUGCACCUUGGACCAUCUGUCUAUGAACACUGGGUUCAUUCAUGGACGAGAGCAGCACUAGAAGUCUUGGAUUUUGUGGACUUAAAUCAGCAUUUCGAGAUGCCACAGCUUCUGGCCUUGCUCCUCUGAACUCAGUGAUGGCGUCUGAAGAAGGUGGGCGGUUUUCAGUUUACUCACUUGGGUCG